UCGCAGGUCGAGGUGGGGUUAAGGGUCACAAGGCGGAGGCGCGCCAAGAUGGCGGCCUCCACGUGCGACGUGUUCUCCUUCUGCGUGGGCGUGGCGGGCCGCGCCCGGGUCUCCGUGGAAGUCCGUUUCGUGAGCAGCGCCAAGGGAAAGGGCCUGUUUGCCACACAGCUGAUCCGGAAGGGGGAGACCAUCUUCGUAGAACGGCCCCUGGUGGCUGCACAGUUUCUCUGGAAUGCACUUUAUCGCUACCGAGCCUGUGACCACUGCCUUCGGGCACUGGAGAAGGCAGAGGAGAAUGCCCAGAGGCUGACCGGGAAACCAGGCCAGGUUCUGCCUCACCCAGAGCUGUGCACUGUGCGCAAGGACCUCCACCAGAACUGUCCUCAUUGCCAAGUGAUGUACUGCAGUGCAGAAUGUCGGCUGGCAGCCACUGAGCAAUACCACCAGGUCCUGUGCCCAGGCCCUUCCCAGGAUGACCCCUUGCAUCCUCUCAAUAAGCUUCAGGAGGCAUGGAGGAGCGUUCACUACCCACCUGAGACUGCAAGCAUCAUGUUGAUGGCCAGGAUGGUGGCCACAGUGAAGCAGGCGAAGGACAAGGACCGUUGGAUCAGGCUCUUCUCCCAGUUCUGUAACAAAACAGCCAACGAAGAGGAGGAAAUUGUCCAUAAACUUCUGGGAGACAAAUUCCAGGGCCAACUGGAACUUCUGCGGAGACUCUUCACAGAGGCCCUCUAUGAGGAAGCAGUCAGUCAGUGGUUCACUCCAGAUGGAUUCCGGUCUCUCUUUGCUCUUGUUGGGACCAAUGGCCAAGGAAUCGGGACCAGGCUUAACUUACCUGGAGGUGGAGAGCCCUGUGACCUGGGCUUCCGCCUCCCCAACCAUGGGCUGCCUGGGACCCCCAGCUCCCUAAGCCAGUGGGUCCAUGCCUGUGACGCUCUGGAGUUGAAGCCUCAGGACCGUGAGCAACUUGACAUCUUCAUUGACCAGCUGUACAAGGACAUCGAGGCAGCAACUGGAGAGUUUCUUAACUGUGAAGGAUCUGGCCUCUUUGUGCUUCAGAGCUGCUGCAGUAAUCUUCAUUACCUGCCUCUUGUGAUCCAGGCAACCACAGUUGUGUGCCCAAUGCAGAGACCUCCUUUCCAGAAAACAACUUCCUUUUGCAUGUCACUGCUCUGGAGGAUAUUAAGCCAGGAGAGGAAAUUUGUAUCAGCUACUUGGACUGCUGUCAGCGGGAGCGCAGCCGCCACAGCCGCCACAAGAUCCUCAGGGAGAACUAUCUGUUUGUCUGUUCCUGUCCCAAAUGCCUGGCAGAGGCUGAUGAACCCAAUGUGACCUCAGAAGAGGAAGAGGAGGAAGAGGAGGAGGAGGAAGGAGAGCCAGAAGAUGCAGAGCUGGGGGAUGAGAUGACUGAUGUGUGAUGUUGCCCUGCCCAGAAAGGGCCCUGCCCUAGACCCUGCCAUAAAAGGGGUUCUUCCCCCAGAGAAAUGGCUCGGAGGGAACUUCCCACUCCCAUUGCCUGCUUUCCCCAUUCGAGCCCUCUCUGCCAGAGGGUAGGACAGAGCCUGGAUCCCUGGCCCCAACCCCCACCAGACCUCAUGCCCUGGACACUGCUGCUGAGUUGGCUCAGACUCUGCACUGGCACUGAGCUUUUCACAACUGGCCUCCCCUUGAGGUUCUUCCACUCUAGGGUUUGAGGGGCUGGAAUCAGGGCCAGGGCCUAACAGCGUUUCUUCUCCUCGGCCCCACGGCCCAUACUCACCCAUUCACCGGAGGCUUCUCCCCUUUCAACUUGCUGUUGAUUUCUUUUGAGGGUGUAAAUCUGAGACCGAGUUCAUUGAAGCAGAGAGGGGAGGUGGUGAGGCGCCCUCACCUCCCCUCACCACAGCUGUGGCUGGUAAGGCAACUGCUUGACCACUGGCACAGCGAGGAGAGGCGGGCAGGAGGAUCUGGGCCUCCUGAGCUCCUUCCCUGAAGCUGUCUCCUGGGAAUGCUGGACAGGGGGAUUACUCACACCCCCAUUUGGUCAUCUGGGGAAGUGGAGAUUAACCCCUUCUCCAGACUCCAGAAUCUUUUUAACUCGUGCCUUGCCUCUCAGGACCUGGCAUAGUGGCUGGCCCUAUGGAGUAUGGAAAAGGCCUCUGCCUUCCUCAGGAGGGACACAUCGGGGGUCAUCACCCUUUCUCACACCUGCUUCCCAAUGAGCACUCAGCAGCAUGGCUGAGACCUGGGGCUUGACAGGCCUCUGCUCCUUAGAUUAGGAUGCUCUGGUAUUCCUGGGGCCAGUUAAAAUGGGUCAGUGAGGGGCUCUCCUGGCCUCAAUCUCCAUCUUUAGGGUUUCCACAGAGGAACACUGAAGUCUUCCAGAAACCUUGAGGAGCUGGGCUAGAUACUUGGAGAGUAGCCCUGUCUUGUCCCCUCCUAUCCCCAGAUUAGCACCACCCCUCUCACUCUUGGGUUGGAUGUUACGGGAAUUACAACCCAUCAUUCCCAAUGCCUCCCUUUCCUGGAGGAGCCUGCCACAUUCCCCUGCUGAGGGAUCCCAGAGAGGACAGGUGUCCACCCCACAGGCCCUUUUCUGGACUAUGGAGCCAGGUGGAACCUGUCUGGCCCCUUACCCACUGGGUUCUUACUCCUUCACAACAGUCAGCACUCCCCCUCUGCCCCCCACUGUUCUCAAUAAAACGUAAGUGGUGACAGGCC